UGCUCGCGCAGCUGCGGCGCGGGCGUGCAGAGCGCCGAGAGGCAGUGCAGCAGCCCCACGCCGAAGUACGGGGGCAGGUACUGCCUGGGGGAGCGGAAGCGGUUCCGAAUUUGCAACGUCAGGCCGUGUCCCCCCGACAAGCCCAGCUUCCGCCAGGUCCAGUGCAGCCAGUUCAACCCCAUGCUCUACAAAGGGAAACUCUACAAGUGGACACCGGUGCCCAACAACAUUAACCCCUGCGAGCUGCACUGCCGGCCGGAGGACGAGUACUUCGCGGAAAAGCUGCGGGACGCCGUCAUCGAUGGGACGCCCUGCUACGAGAUGAACGCCAGCCGCGACAUGUGCAUCAACGGCAUCUGCAAGACUGUCGCGAUAGGUUACGUUGAUAUUGGGAUUAUCCCCGUGGGAGCCCGGGAGAUUCGGAUCGAAGAAGUGGCAGAAGCUGGGAAUUUUCUGGCACUGCGGAGCGAGGACCCAGAGAAGUAUUUCCUGAACGGUGGCUGGACCAUCCAGUGGAACGGGGACUACAGGGUGGCAGGGACCACCUUCACCUACAAGAGGACGGGGAACUGGGAGAACCUCACCUCCCCAGGGCCCACCGUGGAGCCCGUGUGGAUCCAGCUGCUGUUUCAGGAGACCAACCCGGGCGUGCGGUACCAGUACACCAUCCAGCGCCCGGCCGACAGCGAGAAUGAGAUUGAGCAGCCCGAGUUCUUCUGGCGCUUCGGCUCCUGGACCACGUGCACCGCCACGUGUGGGACCGGGGUGCAGCGGCAGAUCGUGCACUGCGUGGAGAAGCUGGCCGGCAUCGUGGAGGAGCGGUACUGCGACGCGCUCACCCGCCCUGACGACCAGCAGAGAACGUGUAGUGAGGAUCCCUGCCCGCACCGCUCCAAGCCGGACGCCACCGCACCCUGUCACCGGGAGGUCCCCUGUCCCUCCCAGUGGGCUGUGGGGGACUGGUCUGAGUGCUCGGUGACGUGUGGAAACGGGACACAGAGACGCCCUGUUUACUGCAGCAACAGCACCGGCAUCGCCUGUGACCCUGCAGAGAGACCCAGCUCGGAAACUAUUUGCUCGUCGCCGCAGUGCCAGAAGUCAGACAAUGCCAACACCGACUGGUCUGGCAGCGGCUCCUCCAGCAGAGAGAUAUUUAAUGAAAUCCAUUACAUCCCCAGCAACCACAUUGCUAAAUUUAACCCCAUAAUUCCUGACGUUCCGGAGUCCAAUGAUGUCAAUAUCAUCACUGAGGAGGACUUCUCAGCCAAGAAGGGAAAUGUCUUUGUUGACGAUUUUUACUAUGAUUAUAAUUUUAUCAACUUCCACGAGGAUCUGUCUUACUAUCCCUUCACAGAGAAGGAGACCAAAGGCGAAGGACAAAAGCCAGGGCUGAGCACCAACGAUGUGGAGGGGUCCCGUGAGAUGCCUGCUGAUGUCCUGCACACCGCCAAGCCAGGGGGAGGAGAAAGCCAGGACCAUCUGCCCAGGGAAGCAAAUGCUUCUGCUUCUGUGCACGGUGAAGGAGAGACAGAGCCUGGGGAUUUAGCCACAAAUGACCUCCUGAGCGUGAUCCCCAAGGGUGUGAGGACAGCUGCUCCCCACUAUGCCAUCCCUGACUUCACAGCCAAUCCGUCCCCUGCCACGGACACGUCCGACAGUCCAGGAGAGCUGGGGAGCAGCAGCGAGGUGCAUAUGAACACAGAGGGACCAAGUAGCACUAGCAGUGAGGAGCACAACCUGGCCAGCUCUGCAGGGACACGUCACAAAGACUCCAGGGAAAUGGAUCUUGUCAUCACCAGUGAUGCUGACGAUGCUGCCCCCGAGACCAGGGAGCAGGAAGGGUGGGCAGAAGUGACAGAGGGGACAGCAGACAACGAGCAAGAAGAGGAGGAGAUGGAGAAGGAGGAAGCUUUACUUCCACCAUCGACCACGGCGAUGCCCAGCUGGGAGGUCGGGAACUGGAGUGAGUGCUCGGUCACCUGCGGCGUGGGCGCGAUCUGGAGGACCGUGCGCUGCAGCACCAACCGCGACAACGACUGCGCCGCAGCCAACAGACCAGUCCCUGCUCGGAGGUGUUCCCUGAGACCCUGUUCGUCAUGGCGUGUGGGGAACUGGAGUAAGUGCUCCAGGAGCUGCGGCGGAGGGAUGAAGGUUCGGGAUGUGCAUUGUGUUGACACCAGAGACCAGAGGCUCCUGCGGCCCUUCCACUGCCACACUGUCCUCUACAAACCGCCCGCCCAGCUGCCCUGCCGGGACACGCCGUGCCUCGACUGGUACACGUCCUCCUGGAGAGAGCUUCCCUUGCCCAAGACCAAAUUCCAGGGAGAAAUCGUGAGCUCAGCCAAGAUUUUCAGACCUGAGGUUGACCCUGUGCGCAUCCACGCUGAGACGCUGCAUCGGAUCGAAGCACGAUCUGGAAAAAAACGAUGA